UGGUCGCCCCUUGCGGCGGCGCCGCCCGCUCGGCCGGGGAAAUGGAGUCCCGAGCCUUCCCUCUAAAUUUGACACUGAAGGAAGAACAAAAAGACGAGAUUGAGGUCCAGGAAUUGGAGGAUGGCCCCAUAGAUAUGCAGAAAGUACAGAUCUGCUCAGAAGGCGCGUGGGUACCAGCCCUAUUUGAUGAGGUGGCCAUAUAUUUUUCGGAUGAGGAGUGGGAAGUUCUGACAGAGCAACAAAAAGCCCUCUACCGGGAAGUCAUGAGGAUGAAUUAUGAAACUGUCCUGUCCCUGGAAUUCCCAUUCCCCAAGCCAGAUAUGAUCAAUCGGUUGGAAAGGGAAGAGGAAUGUCCUAAUUCUGAUGAGUGGCGGCUCCAGGGAGUAACCUUUGCAGAAAAUGAAGAAUCUGACUUUAGGACUCCAGAUUGGGCAAGCCCAAUAAAUGCCACCUCCCAUUUUCCUCAGCCUCAGCCCUUCAACAGCUUUGGCCUGCGUCUGCCUCAGGACAUCACUGAACUACCUGAGUGGAAUGAAGGGUACCCCUUCUAUAUGGCCAUGGGCUUCCCCGGAUAUGACCUCUCAGCCGACGACUUAGGGAACAAGUUUCAGUUCAGUCGUGGCAUGCGCCGCAGUUAUGAUGCAGGGUUCAAGCUGCUGGUGGUAGAGUACGCUGAGAGCACCAACAACUGUCAGGCUGCCAAGCAGUUUGGGGUGUUGGAAAAAAAUGUUCGAGACUGGCGCAAAGUGAAACCACAGCUCCAAAAUGCUCAUGCCAUGCGGCGAGCAUUCCGAGGCCCCAAGAAUGGAAGGUUUGCUCUGGUAGACCAGCGAGUGGCUGAGUAUGUCAGAUACAUGCAGGCCAAAGGGGACCCCAUCACUAGGGAGGCAAUGCAGUUGAAAGCUCUUGAAAUUGCCCAGGAAAUGAACAUUCCAGAGAAAGGGUUCAAAGCAAGUCUGGGAUGGUGUCGAAGAAUGAUGAGAAGGUAUGACCUAUCUCUGAGGCAUAAAGUGCCAGUUCCUCAGCACCUGGCUGAGGACCUGACUGAGAAGCUCGUCACUUACCAGCAGAGCGUGCUGGCUUUGCGCCGGACACAUGACUAUGAAGUGGCACAGAUGGGCAAUGCAGAUGAGACACCCAUCUGCUUAGAAGUACCAUCUAGAGUGACUGUUGACAACCAGGGUGAAAAGCCCAUCUUGGUCAAGACACCAGGCAGGGAGAAAUUGAGAAUCACAGCCAUGCUGGGGGUCUUGGCUGAUGGGAGGAAGUUACCACCAUAUAUCAUUUUGAGGGGGACAUACAUCCCCCCUGGGAAGUUUCCCAGUGGCAUGGAAAUCCGCUGCCACCGCUAUGGGUGGAUGACCGAGGACUUGAUGCAAGACUGGUUGGAAGUUGUGUGGAGACGGAGAACUGGAGCUAUGCCCAAACAACGAGGGAUGCUGAUCCUGAAUGGCUUCCGGUGCCAUGCCACUGACUCUGUGAAGACUUCCAUGGAGAACAUGAACACAGACAUGGUGAUCAUCCCAGGGGGCCUGACCUCACAGCUGCAGGUGCUGGAUGUGGUUGUCUACAAGCCACUGAAUGACAGUGUCCGGGCCCAGUAUUCCAACUGGCUUCUUGCUGGGAACCUGGCACUGAGCCCCACUGGAAAUGCUAAGAAGCCACCCCUGGGCCUCUUCCUGGAGUGGAUCAUGGUUGCAUGGAACAGCAUCUCAAGUGAAUCAAUUGUCCAGGGGUUCAGAAAGUGCCACAUCUCUAGCAACUUAGAAGAAGAAGGUGACGUCCUCUGGGAAAUCGAGGGCGAGUUGCCCAAAGAACUACCAAAAGAAUGUGGUCCCGAAAGUGUGGCUGAGGGUGACUGAGAGAACUCAGGUAACUGGUCAGGACUAAAUCCGCCACUAUCACUGAUGCCCCUGCUCAUGGCAGCACUUACCUUUUUUCUGGCCCUUAAGUUUUUCAGUCUUUUCAUGUUCUCUUGAAAUAAGCCUGCCAUGCCACAGUGUGGACAGCAGGUCAUCAGCACUUUCUUCGUCUGAAACCAAUCUGUAUUGUGUUUUGUGGCCUGGAUCCAGGAGUACAGUGGGUAAGAUGAACAAGGAGCUGUCGGAACACAUCACAUGAGAGCAGUCCCACUGCAAAGUUACUUGGGCCUCUAGAACAUAGUUCAACAUUGUUUGGCUCACAGAAAGGUUGUCUGAAGACAACUUUCUUCUAAAAUGCUGAACUUUGAGGGCUGGGCUGUCUGUUUGCAUUACUUAACAUAGUUGCACUGCCUUUUGCUGAUCAGCAGGACCGUUGCCCAGGGAGAGAAUGAUGUCGGCCUUUAGUAAGGUGACCUCUAGACCUCAGCUCUGUGUCCUAGAGAGACUAUUAUCAUCUCCAUGCCCAGCAGAGAGAUGAUAAUAUGUAUUGUUUGCUUUUGUCUAGGGAAUACUGAGAGUUUAAAAACACCAUCUUGGUCUCAUUGAAAUUCAGAUAUGAGUUGAGCCAUUACAGUCAAUUCCUGUGGUCAGCAGGUAUCUGAAGGAAGAUGUUUUUAAAUUGAAUCUUUGAAGGGUUGCAGAGCUGGCUUAGCAGUUAAGAGCAUGCUGUUCUUGCACAGUUUGGUUCCCAGCUCCCACAUCCUGCAGCUCAUAACACCGGUAGCUCCAGUUUCAGGAGUCCAGUGACCUCUUUUACCUUCUUUUGACACCUGUAAUCACAUAUACACUUCCACAUACAGAAACACGGUGUUUGUGUGAUCAAAAAAAAGCCCUGGGCUAGAGAGAGGGCUCAGCAGUUAGGAAUACUUACCAUUCAGCCUUGCAGAGGACGGGUGUUUAGUUUCCAGCACCUAUACAGCUCACAACCAGCAGUAACUCCAGUUCCAGGGCAUCUAAUGCCCUCUUCUGGCUUCUGCCAGCUCCUACAUACAUAUGGUGCAGGCUCAUACAUAUACACAUAAAAUUAAAUUUUUUUAUAAAAUGAAUCUAUACCAGAAAUAGUACAGUGAAUAAAGUUUGCAAGCCUAAGGUCAUCAAGUGUGUGUGUAGGCGGUUGAGAGAGGUGUGCAGAAGAGGAGCAACUUUGGAAAAAAGCAGGUGAUGAGAGCCCACUCUAGCAAAGGCCCACAGCUUCUCUGCACACACUUUGAUCAAACAGGAGGACGACCAGAAUAAGGAGCACAUGGAAGGCAGACAACUCGCCCCAUUCUCACUUUCCUUUCCAGUAGACCUACAUACUUUGAAAAGGAAAAUGGCCAGCUUUUUAAUAGGAAACCUAAAAUUAACAUACCUUUCCUUUAAAAAAGAAAAAGUCUAUUAGUUUACAUUUUUCUCCCCAACCCCACCAUGCAAGUGAAAUGCUAAUAGAAAUCCCCACACCCCUAGAGCUGUCUAAGCACAGGCUCCUUCGUAGUAUACACCACCUUGCUGUCCUCAUACCCUAGACGCUGAACCCUAGGCUUCGGGUAUAGUUCUCCAUAUGCCCCUACUCUUUAUAAAGCCAUGGAUUCAGGCUCCCUUUUUGCUGACCACUCUGCUGCCCCCUGUUGGAUAGCAGACUUUAAGCUGGAGUUGUUUUAUUCUUUAACGUUCUUGCUUUUCCCCUCUGUUAGAAAACAUUUUCAAUUUCUUAAGCAAUUUAUCACUCCAAGAACCCAAUCAAAAACUCCCAGAAAAGGAAAAGGCAGAAAACCAUGCUAAGCCACAGCUGUGCACACAGGUACAUUCCACGUCAGCUUGAGUUUCUCCUCUUCCAGAUGCUACCACCUUUGUAUAGCUGCUGGGGGGAGUGAUGGAAACAGACAUGAAUGAGAUUCAGAAGACACAAGCAUUAAACCACCUCCUGGUACGGGAUAGAAUACUCUUUUGUUAAAAGACAUCCAGAAGUCCAGACUGAUUCCUACUUAGGUUCUGUUUUCCAGCAAAUGGAACUGUAAUUGAAACAGUUGGGAGAAAAACGUGUUUAAGAAGAUGGCUACAGAGGGACCAAACUGGGCAAUGAGGCUCUCUGAACAUCCUAGUCUGGACAGCAUGAACACCCCAUCAAGACAGUCCCAUCUACCACAUCCUGUCAGAUGUCAGCCAAGUCUAGGAAGGACCCUUAUGUUCAGCAACAAGAUUAGAAAAGAAACUUUGUGCCCCAUGUCUUCCUUCAAAGCUGUCUUCAUCUGCCCAGUAUAGAAGCCUAUAAACCCAAAUGCACAAAGGCGUUUUCUGGAGAACACUUUUCAGCAACAAGAUGUACUGUCACACAGCUCUCAUGUCCUUUUUGUGGAGAAGAAACCUCAAGUAUACGCAUGUGUGUGCCUGCCUUCACAGGAGCUUCAGUAAAAGCUGUUUCCACAUGGGUCAAGACUAGGAAAGCUUUUGUAAAAACAUGCCACACAUGUACUCCUGUUAUUUACAUGUUUCCUCACUGAGGGAAUGAGAUUUUUAAAAAGUGAGACACUGGUUUGGUGCAGAAGAUGGCUUUUCCAUAGGUAAACUAGGUUAGGAUUCGAGAUAAUGACUUUAAAAUAAAUGAUGCUGUUACAGUUACCUUUCCAAUCUGGCAGCUAGACCUUUCUAGGGUCUUAUUUAAUGACCCGAAUUUUCCUGUUGUCCUCUUGAAUGAGGCAGCCCUUGGUGCACAAGCCUUUGCUUUUUGGGCUGCCUGCAGAAGUCUACAUUCUCUCCGUCCACAUAGAACAAGGCCCACUGACUUGAUUAAUUUCUUUAAUAUUUUUGUCAAAAGGUCAGUGGGGGGGUUGGGGCCUUAAGUCACAGCUACUUUUAGAUAGGUAUGAGUCACUGACAACUUGUACUAUAGUAAUUUGUAUUCCCAUGUAAGUCAUCUGCUAAGAAAAAACCUUACUUUCAAACUAUAUGUGCUACAAAAUCCUACCAGAACCUCAUAGGCAAAGCCAUUGCUAGAUCUGUCAUUCCAAAUACUCAGUCUAGUCAACAGGUUGCUGUGAUCACAUUUCCUUUUUCCACUCGGCUCCUGUGGACUCUACACUGUUCUCGGCAUCUUCCCCAGUUUCUACUCAGGUACUCAUACUCCUGUUUGUCCUUCACUUUUCUCAGCUGUUUAACCAGUCAUUAACCUGCCCAGUUUGUUAGAAUUCCGAACACAUGAUUAUGACUUCCAAGAACUUAAAUGUACUGACAUUUUGUUUCCUAUUAGCUUUGUCAUCCUCAAGUGCCAUCUAAUUAAACCGUGUUCCUCUCCAUGCUCUCAUCAGGUUUGGGGUUUUAUUUUGUUUUCUUCCUUUGACUGUCCUGUUUCCAGAUCUUAUUUUACUUGCUUGAAAGCUUAAAGAAUAUCAUGUUUGGAUUUCCACACAAAAGCCAGUUAUCUUAAGAGUAGAAAAAUGGGUUUAACUCCUUUUUCAUGCCAUACCAUCCAUCACUCAUCAGCUGAGAUGCCUUACAGGUUACAUAGCACUGGAACUUUCCUAGAGUGAUGGUUCUGCUGUUUGGGUCUUCUGGGCACAUCUUCACCGACUUAAGGUGAUCUAUGCCUAACAGAGCCCCAGUACAACUACUGAGCAGAAUAGCUGUUUCCUGAGAAUUACCAUAGCACACUGAGACUGGUACUCCCUACUAGAUAGAAACUGAUCCCAGUAAUAAACUUUGAUAAUAAAGACAA